AUGAAGGAUAAUGGAAUGGAAAACGCCAAUCCUGAGCCGGGCAUAGGAUUCAGCGCCCCGAAAUGUGGUCAUGAUGGCACUACUCAAUCACCGGCUGUUCCACCAGUCGCUAUUGUCGGGAUGGCGAUGCGACUUCCCGGGGAUGUUCGGACAGCCAACGAAUUCUGGGAGCUUCUCAUCAGUAAACGCGACUGUUCAUCGGAAGUCCCUAAGAGCCGGUACAACAUUGACUCCUUCUAUCACCCUGAAAAACCCCAGUCAGUGAGGACUCGGCGCGGAUACUUUCUCAAUGACGAUUUCAUACAAAAGUCCGACAAGUCCUUCUUUCCUCCGGUACCUGGAUUCACAACAGGUGACCUCGAUCCUCAACAAAUGUCGCUGAUGGAGGUUGUUUGGGAGUGUAUGGAGAAUGCUGGACAAACCCAGUGGCGAGGGAAAAAGAUUGGUUGCUAUGUGGGGGUUUUCGGAGAAGACUGGCAUGAACUGACAGCCAAAGAGACACAGUACAUUUCACGUGCGCAUACAUUUGCAAAUGGAGGGUUUGCAUUGUCAAAUCGUGUUUCCUACGAGUUCGACUUGAAAGGACCCAGUGCCACCGUUCUCACUGCGUGUUCCUCGUCGCUAAUGGCAUUGCAUGAAGCUUGUCAGGCUCUCUACAAUGGGAGCUGUACCUCAGCAAUUGUGGCUGGAACUAACAUGCUAUUGACCCCUUCUAUGAGCGUGACUAUGUCCGAAAAUAUGGUCCUCUCUCCGGACGGUUACUGCAAAGCAUUUGAUGCAAAUGCAGAUGGCUACGGCCGUGGAGAAGCAGUUAAUGCUAUCCUGAUCAAGCCUUUGGACCAAGCAAUGGCAGAUGGCGAUAACAUUCGCGCCAUCAUCCGCGCCACGGCCGCCAAUUACGACGGAAGAACAGCGAAAAUCUUUGCGCCAGAUGUAGACAGUCAAGAGCGCCUUAUGCGAGAGGCCUAUUCAAGAGCCCAUAUCCAUGACAUGUCACAGACAGCCUUUGUUGAGUGUCAUGGAACCGGAACCAAAGUCGGCGAUCUCGUGGAGACAACAGCAAUUGCUCGAGUCUUUGGCAAAAAGGGCAUCUGCAUCGGAUCUGUCAAAUCGAAUGUUGGGCAUGGUGAAGGUGCGUCGGGGUUGACGGCGAUCAUCAAGGCUGUGUUAGCCUUGGAACAUCGUAUAAUCCCCCCCAACAUGCAUUUCACGCGCCCCAAUCCAAAAAUUCCAUUCGAAAAUGGUGGUCUUCGGGUCCCUGUUGAGCCCACUCUCUGGCCUCGCGAUCGCAUGGAACGCGUGAGCGUAAAUUGCUUUGGUAUUGGAGGGAGCAACGCCCAUGCCAUCUUGGACUCAUCCACCGCCGCUCAGCAUUCGCAUAGAAAGGAGUUUGGAGUGCCAUUAAGCUCUCAUAUUCUCGCUGUUUCGGCUCAUAGCAAAACGGCGCUGAUGUCGCGACUCACGGAAGUCCAAGAGUAUGUAGAAAAAAAUCCACAUACGGUACAAGAUGUUGCAUACACCCUUGGGACCCGCCGUGAUCAUCUCUCACAUCGAGCAUACUUAAUAUGUGAUGGUAAGGGCAACCUAUCUGAUAUCCAGUCAAAUGCCCAGACCAUUACCACGAAUUCGUCGGUGGUAUUCGCAUUCACUGGACAAGGGGCCCAGUGGGCGGGUAUGGGGAGGGAUCUGAUGAACAGUUUUGCAACCUUUCACCAUGAUAUCCAUGUUAUGGAUCAGAUUUUGCAAGAAAUUGAGUCUCCACCCGCAUGGAGCAUUGAAGCGGAGCUUCGAAAAUCAGAGAACUCCAGUUCCGUUGACAAGACAGAAUACUCUCAGACUUUGUGUGCUGCUAUCCAAAUUGCUCUGGUGAAUCUGUUGGCUACCUGGGGUAUUCACCCGUCAACAUUGGUUGGAUACUCUAGCGGCGAGGUCAUUGCUGCAUAUUCAGCAAAAGCAAUCUCAAUGCGUAGCGCCAUCAUUAUUGCACACUUCCGAGGGCGUUGUGCCGAGUUCACUUCACACUGUGGAGGGAUGGCUGUGGUCGGUCUUGGAAAGGAGAUUGUGAGCCAAUUUUUAAUCGAGGGUGUAGUCAUUGCAUGCGAGAACAGCCCUCAGAGCGUUAACAUCUCAGGUGACAAGUCAAAAUUGGUGACCGUGAUCGAUCGCCUCCUUGAAGAGAGGCCACAGACAUUCAUUCGGUACCUGCCUGUCGAAGUUGCUUAUCAUUCCCCUGACAUGAAGCAUGCGGGUGCAAAUUUCGAGCGUGCUAUUGCCCCGCACAUUGCUCACAGUGACAUGAUGCUUCCUCUCUACUCUACUGUCACAGGGUCAAUAGUUUCGAGUCCGGUUCAACUGGAUGCUUCCUACUGGCGGAAGAACCUAGAGUCACCGGUUCUUUUCUGCAGAGCCGUUCAGACUCUACUUGAUCAACAGACAGAUCGAGCAACUCUUUUCGUGGAAAUCGGGCCUCACUCUACUCUUUCUGGGCCCCUUCGUCAGAUUCUGACUUCUCAUUCAGUUCAGAGCUAUUAUACCCCCACACUACUCAAAAAUGCAAACCAAACACAUUGCCUUUUGAAAGCAGUGGGGGAAAUAUAUUCCCAUGGAUAUCCUGUUGCCUUCGCAUCAAUAUAUCGACUAGGAAAGGUUCUUGCGGAUCUCCCCGCCUAUCCCUGGGAAAGACAAAGCAUUGACUGGCAAGAGAGCCGUCUCAGUCGCAACUGGAGAUUCCGCAAGCAUCCUCAUCAUGAACUGUUGGGCUCCCGUAUGUUGGAAGCCAGUGAUAUCGAGCCGGCGUGGCGAAUUCUUUUAAGCCCAAGGAACGUAUCUUGGCUUAAUGACCACCAGGUCUUGGGAGAGAUCGUAUUUCCCUGUGCGGGAUAUAUCGCGAUGGUCAAUGAAGCGAUGCGCCAACUAUUCAACACGCAAGAGUGCACAAUUCGCAAUCUACACAUGAAGGUUCCGCUCGUCUUGCCGACGUCUGAGAGGGAUACUGUGGAGAUUGUCACUACACUGAGGCCCACACGGAUAAGUGAUCGGCUUGAUUCCAAAUGGUACGAGUUUACUAUUUCGUCUUACGAUGGAAAUGAGUGGACCAAGCAUACAGUUGGCAAAGCGGUGGCAGGUGUCGAAGAGUUGACAUGGCCUGCAACGGUCCCGCAGCAGUUUGCAAAGCCAGUCUCUUCACAAUUCUGGUAUAAAAUGUUGGCGAAGAUCGGACUGCAAUAUGGUCCGCAAUUCCAAGGAUUGGAGGAUAUCACUGCAGAUCCGAUCAGCUUCACGGCUAGUGCCACGAUUCGUGGAAGCUUUGGUAGAAGUGAAAACAGCCAUGCCCUUCAUCCUACUUCCAUUGACCAGUGUCUGCAACUAUUUAGUGUGGCAGCCUGUAAGGGAAGGGCUGUGCACCUGACCAAACUAUACAUCCCCAUGUUCAUUGAAGAAAUCUGUCUUGGUCAAAAUAAGGAUUUGAUGAAGGUUCAGGUGUCUGGGAGCAGCUCUACGGGAACAUACGGACAGGGCAGUGUUACGUUGAUGUCCGGCGACAGUAUGGUGCUCUCAAUGCGUGGGGCGACCCUAGCCCAAUUGGAUCAAAAAAAAGCAAACGAGGCCUCUGGAAUUCCUCUGCUGUCGGAAGUAGAAUGGCAGCCAGAUCUUGAUUUACUUCCUGGCCACCUUCAACUACCCAUGUCGAGAAAUAAGGAAGACACAGCUGGAUUGUUGGCCAGAGCUUCCGUGCUAUCGAUGAUUCUCGUGCAUCAAAAUAUUGUUGAUGUGAAGCCAUGUUCCGAACAUAUCCGAAGCUACAAGAGAUGGCUGCAGGCGCAAAUCCAGAUAAUGAGGCAAAGGGGCAUCUCGGCAAUUCCGGAAGCACAAGCAUGGGCUCAAAUGGACAGCGAAAGCCUACAGCUACAACGCAACAUGCUGGACGAGCAGCUUAAGGCUAAGAAACUGGAUUUUCUCUCUGAACUCAGCCACCUGACAGUGAAGGUGAAGACAGCUGCUUGUAAAGGAUCGCCUGAUUUCUUUGGAACGGGUGACUUGCUUCAGAAGCUUGACGACUGGAUCUCAUCUCAGAGUGAUCUAUCGGAUUGGUUCUCUUUUCUUCGCCACAGCAACCCGAAACUCCGCAUUCUCGAAAUUGGUGGAGAACGAGGAUCUUUUUCUUCCUUUGUUCUGCAACAUCUGACUUCAGAUGGACUGACGCUCUGCUCUCAGUAUACGUGCACAGAGACACUUCACAUUAAUGACGCUAUCAAAAACCGACUCCAGGAUUACAAACAGGUCGAGUUCAGAACACUCGAUGUCAACGAAGAUCCAUCUCAACAGGGCUUCCAUCAAGGUCUCUACGACCUGGUUAUUGCAUCAAAUCUUGGUUCUCGGACGUCUACUCUAGGAGCAGCCCUAAAGAACAUUGGAAAACUUCUGGCUCCUGGUGGGCGACUUUUACUUCGUGAAUACUGCCCUGGACUUCCGGUGGUGAACCAUCUAAUGGUAAGCAAUCACACUGGCGAUAUGGACGAAGAAAAUGUAUUAACAUCCUUCAAGAACCCAUUAUCUUCUCAAUCCUUCGAUGAGCUUGAGAUAGACGUCGACAGCAAGUACAUGUCAGUCGAAACAUGGAGCAGGGAACUUCAACAGGCUGGCUUCUACGGAGUCGAAGGGCAUUCUUAUGACGGCAAACCACCGUACCAUUUAAAUCGCAACUUGAUUUCACGCAUUCCACGCGAGGACCAUCUGCACGACGACACCGUUUACUUUCUAUACCCCAGUGAAACACCCCGCCAUUCAUGGUUAUGCAAGGUUGAAGAAUAUUUCAUCCAGAGCGGUCACACCGUCAAGCGCUGCACUAUAGGAGAAGAAAUACCCCACAAACAACGGGUGAUCUCGUUUCUUGACUUGGAUGGCCCAUUCUUUUCCAAUAUCAGUGAUCAGAACUGGGCAAAAUUCCAGAAGCUUAUAAACACUUCCGCCCAGGUCCUCUGGGUCACGAAUUCGGUUGAGUUGAAUUGCGCCAAUCCAGACUUUGCGCUCGUGAUGGGGGUUUCCCGGACAGCACGGCAGGAACAAGAAAUGCAAUUCGGAACUUUGCAGAUCGACAUCUUCGAUAGGGUUGCGGUAGAAGCCCUAUUGAAAGUGUCGGCGAAAUUCUUCAGGAGAACGGAUCAAUCGGGGUUGCUCGAUGCAGACUAUGAAUUCGCACUCCACGAUGGGUGUGUUUACAUUCCCCGAAUGCAGUGGAAAUCUCUUGCAGACAGAUUGCUCCAUGCCCCAGAGCUCGAAGCACCCGCAAAGCUGGAAAUUGGCUCUUAUGGCAGCCUGGACUCACUUUUUUGGGUACAAGAUGAAGUUGACCCACCUGGGGUAGGAGAGGUUGAAGUUGAGAUUAAAUUUGUCGGACUCAACUUUCGGGAUGUUAUGAUCGCAUUGGGUGUCAUGGCAAGUAAGGAUCAAUUAGGAAUGGAGGCCAGUGGAAUUGUGCAAAGAUGUGGCCCUGGUGUAAAUCAAUUCCGGCCAGGUGACCGAGUAAUGAUAAUACACUUCGGGCUGUUCCGCACUCGUAUGGUGCUGUCUGCGAAUCUAUGCACCCACUUGCCGCCGUCUAUGUCGCUGGAAGAUUCCGCAGGGAUGCCAGUGGCUUUUGCCACGGCGCUCUAUUGUCUCCUGGACAUUGGGAGGCUAGAGAAGGGACAGUCUGUUUUAAUCCACGCGGCCUGUGGAGGGGUUGGCCUUGCUGCGAUGCAAAUUUGCCAGAUGAUUGGAGCAAAGGUCUACGCAACUGUAGGAAGCGAGGAAAAGGCACAGUUUUUGAUAGAACGUUUUGGGAUUCCUCGCAACCAUAUUUUCAGCUCUCGUGACACAUCCUUCCUUCCCAAGCUAAUGCACGAGACUAAUGCUCAAGGUGUCGAUAUUGUGAUAAAUUCUCUCGCUGGAGAGCUUCUUCAUGCGUCGUGGAAAUGCGUUGCAGAGUUUGGCAAAAUGAUUGAAAUCGGAAAGCGAGACUUUCUAGAACAUGGUACCUUGGAUUUAGAGGCAUUUGGAGGCAACCGCGCAUUCUUUGGGGUUGAUCUCAUUCGGCUUGCGGAAAAGCCAGAGCUUCGUACAAGACUUGUCCGCCAACUGGUGGAAUUGUACGAGGAAAGGAAGAUCUCUCCCAUACAUCCCUUAAAAUUGAUAUCAAACACCGACACGCACGAGGCGUUCCGCUACCUUCAACAAGGACUUCAUAUGGGCAAAAUCGUCAUGAAGAUGCCAGAAGCCUCGGAGCGAGCCUUUAUUGCCAAAUCGCGGCGCAGUUCGAGGUUCUCAUCCGAUCUAUGCUAUUUUCUUGUUGGUGGUCUAGGGGGUAUUGGGCGGUCAAUAGCAACUUGGAUGGUUGAUCGAGGUGCUCGAAACCUGGUUUUCUUCUCCAGGUCUGCUGGAAGCACCAGUCAGGAUCAGUCGUUUCUUCGUGAGCUCGAGUUACAAGGCUGUACAGUGUCCAUGAUAAAGGGUGAUGUGACAAUUCUGGAAGAAGUCCAAACUGCCAUGCACGCUUGUCCAUGCCCAAUUGGGGGUGUCCUUCAGCUCUCUAUGAUAGUUCGGGACCAAUUUAUCCCGGAAAUGAGCCACAAGAACUGGCAGGACACGAUUGCCGCCAAGGUAGCGGGAACCUGGAAUCUCCAUAAUGCGCUAGAUGGUCGAGGGGCCAAACUCCAAUUCUUCGUCGUCUGUGGUUCCAUAACCGGAGUUAUGGGCAAUGCUGGCCAAGUCAACUACUCAGCAGCAAACACCUUCGUGUCUUCAUUCGCCCAGUAUCGGCUAGAAAAGGGGCUCCCAGCCUCUGUCGUGAACCUAGGAGGAGUCAACGAUGUGGGAUUCCUAGCGACACAGGACGUCAAGCUUCGAGAGCGAAUGCUCUCAGCAUCAGUGAGAUUGUUAAACGAGCAGGAAGUUCUGGAUGCAUUUGAGGUUGCCAUAUUCUGUGGAGACUUCAAGCAAUCUUUCAAGUCCUCGAGAUCGCUGCGUAUAUCAAACAAUCUGAUUGUUGGUAUGAGUAGCACAAAGUCUCUUGCCGAUCCCUCAGUUCGUCCUCUGUGGGGGCAAGAUGCCCGUUUCCGUGCUUAUGCAAAUCUGGACUUCAAACACGAAUCAUCUCGCGACACGUUCAAAGACGCCCCAAAUUUUCGAUAUAUGCUCUCCACACUUGAGAAAGAGCCUGAGAUCUUGAGCGAUCCGUCCUGGAAGAAAAAAACGGUAGUCGAUAUUGUGCAGACUAUCCAGAAAUAUUCGAUCUUUGCCCGUGGGCAGGACUAUGCCCAGGUGGCUACCAUGCAUAUCGAUUCUCUUAUGACGGUUGAGAUCCGAAACUGGUCUCGCCGUUUUCUUGAUUUGGACCUGUCACUGACUGCGAUAACCAAGGCAGCCACCAUCGAAGGAUUGGGUGAAUUGAUUAUCGCAACCCUACGCUCCAAGUACACGAAGAAGUAG